AUGGCCACCCAGAAUGAUCUCCACUUGCACAUGCCCCAGCACCCAGUCAGUGGCUUUGAUGAGGAGGAGAAUUUACCCUCCAGUGACAGUGAAUGCCCCGACACGGAAGGUGUUAAGUUGCUGUUUUUGCCCAACCGCAUUACUUCCUCUCCUGUCAGCUCCUUUCACGAACCCGCCUCGGAAGGGUUUGAUAAUCACAGCCACCUUCCCUACACAGAUGAAAUGAUGGCUGUCUACUAUAGUGAUCCGUGGAGAUAUUAUGGCCGAGGGAUGCUAGAAGUUGACACUGUUGACGAGGCAGCGGAGGAAGACCAUGGAGAAGGUUUCCAGUUAGACGACCCACCUUUUGGCCCCAUUUCGGAGGAGGGAGAAGAGGAGAUGGGUGAAAUGCAGCAAAGCUUUUCUGACACCUCGAUGACCACCACAACGUCCUCCACCUUUGAGGGACAGAGACCGCCCUCUAAAUCAAUCUCUCGUCAUCUCUCUUUGCUCGGAAUUCCAAAAAUCCAAAGAGUAUUGAGCCACGGUUAUUCCUAUCCCCUUCUGCUUACGAUUGCCCCAAGUGAAAACGUUCUCUUACCCAAAGUGCCUCGAGACAUGACAGAUUUUGUUCGUUGUGAAACAGUGAGUCCACUCAAAGGAGACCUCCGUCUUGACCCAGUGUCAGUACAAGGCGAGAUUAAUCUUCGACGAGCUCAUGUGGACGAACCUCCAGAAAUAUUUAUAGAUUCGCCAUUUCAGCAGACCUACGUGACCGAAGGCUGGAAGCAAAACAGUCCUGUUGAGGAGGAGUCGACGCGAAUCAUUGUAGCCGAAGAAGAGGACGAAGACGACGACGACGAUGAUGAUGAUGAUAGAGUCGAAGGCAUGAUGGAAGAUGGGGAAUUUAAAACUGAGGAGAUAACAACGCUCCCACAAAUUCGUCGGUGUCAACACUUUGAAAAUAUUAACCAACUGAUUGCUACAGUUGGGAGUCCGCUGUAUCCGGUAAUGGAGGAGGAGAACGGCGUUGAAAGUGAUCCCUGUUUAAACAGUCCUGUCAUCUCCGAUGGACAAACCAUUCAUCGUUGGGGUCGCGAGAUAUCGCAAGCCGUAAGUCAAAGAAAGGCAGUUAAUGAGGACACAGUUAUUUCUGGAUUUUUUUAA